CCGUUAUUAACUUAUUAUAGUUCGUUCGUGACAAAAUCCUCGCACGUGCCUUUGGUUGCAGCAGAUGUUGUCACCGACCUUUCCCUCUUUCUCCACGGCAAAAUCAUCGUGAAUCUUCGUCGGCGCGCUCGUCGAUCCUCUGCGAUUCCGUUCCCAAUUCAAUUCACCGAUUUUCAACUCUUGUUUGUUUCUCCGUGCUCGAUUCUUCACCGUUCUAGUUUGUGUAUUCUGGUUACAGGGGUCUGAAGUACUAGCUGGUGGUGGAACCCUGGAGCAUUUUUGAGGUAUGUGAAGGAUAGAUAAGAUGAAGUUGCAGGCGCAUAUGACGGGGCAGAUAUCGGGACAGGUACCCAAUCAAGCAGGGUCUCAGAUGCCUGGACUGACCCAAAUGAAUGGGAAUGCCCUCCCUCCACAGAUGCCACCUUUAGGUGGUAUGCAGCGAUCAGCGAUUAAUAUGGACCCUGAAUUUCAAAGAGCACGCGCGUUUAUUCAAGAGAAGAUUUUUGAAACGUUAUUGCAACGACAUCAGCAGCCAGUUUCAGAAGUACAGAGAAGGAAGCUUAAGGAUCUUGCAAAACGCCUGGAGGAGGGCAUGGUAAAAGCUGCUCUAUCUAAGGAGGACUACAUGAACUUGGAUACACUAGAGAGUCGCUUAUCUAAUUUGAUCAGAAGAGCGUCUAUGAAUAAUCACAACCAACAACAAUAUCAGCAGCAUGUUAGCUCUUCUCCAAUCGGUACAAUGAUACCAACCCCUGGUAUGUCGCACGUUCCAAAUUCAAGCAUGGUGGUUUCGUCUACAAUGGAUGCCUCUGUGAUUUCUGCCAGCGGGGGUAAUAGCAUGGCAUCGACAUCUUUCAAUAGUGUAAAUAUGUUACCAGCUGGUGGCAUGCUUGGCAGCUCCUUAAAUAGAUCUGAUGGUUUGUCUAAUGGAUAUCAGCAAUCAUCUACCAACUUUUCUGUUGGCUCAGGGGGAAACAUGUCAACGAUGGGGGUGCAGCGGAUUGCAAGUCAGAUGAUUCCCACUCCGGGAUUUACAGUCAGCAGUAAUCACUCUCACAUGAAUAUAGAUUCUUCUGCUAAUGGCAGUUCCUAUUCCAGUGUGGAGUCUACUAUGGUAUCACAGUCACAAGUGCAGCAGCAAAAGCAGCAUGUUGGUGGGCAAAGUCAUGUAUUGCAGAACCUUGGAAGCAGCCAAAUGAGUAGUGGAAUGAGAUCUGGUUUGAUACAGAAACCAUUUGCAAACUCAAAUGGUUCUAUAAAUAGUGGGCUAGGUUUGAUUGGAAACAAUAUUCAACUUGCAAAUGAACCUGUCACUUCGGAUGGCUAUGCCUCAACUUACGCUAAUUCCCCUAAACACUUACAGCAGCAUUUUGAUCACAAUCCGAAACCACUAGUGCAGGGUGAUGGGUAUGGAUUGAAUAAUAUUGACACUUUCUCUUCUGGAAGCUUUUAUGCAUCUGGGACAUCCUCUGGGUCUAUGAUGAACACUCAGAACACAAAUCCAGUAAAAUUGCCGUCAAUACAAAAAAAUAGCUCAUUGAUUAGUGGUCACACAAAUUUGCAUGGUAUGCAGCAGGCUGCACAUAUGAAGUCUCAAACAAUUAAUCAGUUGGAAAAGUUGAAUUUUCAGUCUUCAUUGACUUCAAGAGAUGCUCUUAUGCAUUCUCAACAGCAGUAUCAACAAAGGCCCCAGCAAUUUCAACAGCCUGAGCACUAUGCGCAGCAACAAUUUCAAUUGAAGCUACAGAGUCAACAGCCUCAGCAUUUGGUCAACAAUGAUGCUUUCAGUCAGUCUCAAUUGUCUUCCAAUCUAGAAAACCAAGUUAAGUCUGAGCUAGGAAUUGAACACCAUAAAGAAGUGCUCAAUUCUCAUGUGUCUGAACAGUUCCAUAUGUCUGAGAUGCAGAGUCAGUUCCAGCCGAACUCAUCCGAAGACUGCUCUAGGAAUGCUCAAUAUCUUACAUUUCCAUCUGGUCAGCAUGAUUUAGCAUCAUCAACACCUCAAAAUUCGCAACAAAUGUUACAUCCUCAUCAAUUGGUUGCAGAGUCUCAAAAUAAUUUAAGCUGUGUAACAGUUGGGGCCCAAUCCAAAGCGGUAGCUCUAAACCAAUGGCCUCAAUCACAAGAUGGUGACCGCAUGCCUGACAAUAAUUCACAUGACCAGAAUCUCCACAUGGACUUUCAUCAAAGAAUAUCGGUGCAGGAUGAAGCUCAGUGCAAUAAUUUAUCAUCAGAUGUUUCCAAUAUUGGUCAAGCUGUUGCUUCUAAAGGCUCAACUGAGGUGCUAGACUCAGGCAGUACUGUCAAAAAGGCGCACAGGAAUCAACAGAGAUGGCUUUUAUUUCUACUUCAUGCUCGUCGAUGUUCUGCUCCUGAAGGGCGAUGCCAAGAACGCUUUUGUUCUAUGGCGCAAAAGUUAUGUAAGCACAUAGAGGGAUGUACCCUGCGACACUGUCCAUAUCCUCGUUGUCACCAUACCAGGGUAUUGCUUCAUCAUUUCAUAAACUGCAAGGAUCCUCAUUGCCCUGUUUGUGUUUUUGUAAGAAACUAUCGACGUGCAUUUCAAUUCAAGCCUCAGAUUCAGCCGGAACGUGGAUCAAGUUUGCCAAGCACAGUGAAUGGCUCCUGUAAAUCUUACAAUAUGAUACCUACAUCACCUGGAUUGAUCUCAAAGCCUCCAUCGAUUAUUGAAACUGCAGAAGACAUGCACCCAUCUCUAAAACGCAUAAAGAUUGAGCAUAACACCCAGUCCAUCAAUCCUGAAAAUGAGAAUUCUGCUUCUUCUGUUCCUGCAAAUUUUGAAUCCCUUGUUUCCAGGGAUGCUCAGUUCCAAGCCUAUCCCAAUACUGAGAAGAGUGUCUCAAUUAAACCUGAGCUUACAGAAAUUAAGGCGGAAGUUCCGGCACAUUUGGCGCAUGGAAAGCUGAGCAAGAUGAAGAUGGAUGAUAAUAAUGUGAACGAAAAAAGGCCUGAUUGUGAACCUGUCAAAUAUGAUGAACCUGGUAAUUUAGCUAGGCAAGAGAGUAUAAAAUCUGAGAAAGAAGUUGGACAUGAUAAGCAAGAAAAUGUGAUGCAGCAAUCUGAAAAUGCAGCUGGAACCAAGUCGGGUAAGCCAAAAAUAAAGGGGGUCUCAUUAACUGAAUUAUUUACUCCGGAGCAAGUCAGGGACCAUAUCACUGGCCUCAGGCAAUGGGUUGGCCAAAGCAAAUCAAAGGCAGAGAAGAAUGCAGCGAUGGAGCACUCUAUGAGUGAGAAUUCCUGUCAACUAUGUGCUGUAGAGAAGCUUACUUUUGAACCGCCACCUAUUUAUUGCACAACUUGUGGGGUUCGAAUUAAACGAAAUAAUAUGUAUUAUACCAUGGGUACUGGUGACACAAGGCAUUAUUUUUGUAUCCCAUGCUAUAAUGAUACUCGUUCAGAGAACCUCAUGGUUGAUGGGACUCCCAUUCCUAAGUCAAGAUUGGAAAAGAAGAAGAACGAUGAGGAAACUGAGGAAUGGUGGGUUCAAUGUGAUAAAUGUGAAGCUUGGCAACAUCAAAUUUGUGCCUUAUUUAAUGGUAGAAGAAAUGAUGGUGGGCAAGCUGAAUACACUUGCCCUAACUGUUAUCUUGAAGAGGUAGAAAGAGGAGAGCGCAAGCCCUUACCCCAAAAUGCUGUUCUUGGAGCCAAGGAUUUGCCGAGAACGAUUCUCAGUGACCAUAUAGAGCAGCGAUUGGCUAAACGGCUAAAGCAAGAGAGAAUGGAGAGGGCAAGGGUUCAAGGGAAAAGUUAUGAAGAGGUUCCUGGAGCUGACUUUCUUGUCAUCAGAGUGGUUUCAUCUGUUGACAAGAAGUUAGAAGUGAAGCAGCGGUUUUUGGAGAUUUUUCAGGAAGAAAAUUACCCAACUGAAUUCCCAUAUAAAUCCAAAGUAGUUUUGCUUUUUCAAAAGAUUGAAGGUGUGGAAGUAUGCCUAUUUGGCAUGUAUGUUCAAGAAUUUGGAGCUGAAGCUCAAUUUCCCAAUCAGCGCCGGGUGUAUCUUUCAUAUUUGGACUCUGUGAAGUAUUUCAGACCUGAGGUUAAAGCAGUGACUGGAGAGGCACUUCGAACAUUUGUUUACCAUGAAAUUCUGAUUGGAUACCUUGAAUAUUGCAAGUUACGUGGUUUCACAAGCUGCUAUAUAUGGGCUUGUCCUCCAUUAAAGGGUGAAGAUUAUAUUUUAUAUUGCCAUCCAGAAAUUCAGAAAACACCAAAAUCUGAUAAGCUUCGUGAAUGGUAUCUAUGCAUGCUAAGAAAAGCUGCUAAGGAGGGUAUUGUGGCCGAUAUCACAAACUUGUUCGAUCAUUUCUUUGUAUCUAAUGGUGAAAGCAGAGCUAAGGUUACUGCUGCAAGACUGCCAUAUUUUGAUGGCGACUACUGGCCUGGAGCUGCAGAGGAUUUGAUUUAUCAGCUUCGCCAAGAGGAAGAUGGAAGAAAACAAAAUAAAAAAGGAACAACUAAAAAGACUAUAACAAAAAGGGCUUUAAAAGCAUCUGGUCAGUCAGAUCUUUCAGGAAAUGCAUCAAAAGAUCUGCUCCUCAUGCACAAACUUGGUGAAACCAUUAGCCCGAUGAAGGAGGAUUUUAUUAUGGUUCAUUUGCAGCAUGCAUGCAGCCACUGCUGUAUUCUAAUGGUGUCUGGCAACCGUUGGGUUUGCAACCAGUGCAAGAAUUUUCAGAUUUGUGAUAGGUGUUACGAAGUAGAGCUAAAGCGUGAAGAGAGAGAAAGACAUCCUAUUAAUCAGAGGGAGAAACAUGCUCUUUAUCCGAUCGAAAUUACUGAGGUACCGUCCGAUACAAAGGACAAAGAUGAUAUUCUUGAGAGUGAAUUCUUCGACACCAGACAGGCAUUCCUGAGUCUUUGCCAGGGGAAUCAUUACCAGUAUGAUACGCUAAGGCGGGCCAAACAUUCUUCUAUGAUGGUCCUCUAUCAUCUUCAUAAUCCAACUGCUCCUGCAUUUGUGACAACUUGUAAUAUAUGCUAUCUUGACAUAGAAACUGGUCAAGGUUGGCGUUGUGAAGUUUGCCCUGAGUAUGAUGUAUGCAAUGCUUGUUAUCAAAAGGGUGGCAUUGAUCAUCCUCAUAAGUUGACAAAUCAUCCGUCAAUUGCGGAUCGUGAUGCUCAGAACAAAGAAGCAAGGCAGAUGCGAGUAUCACAGCUACGGAAAAUGCUUGAUCUCCUUGUGCAUGCGUCCCAAUGCCGUUCGGCACAUUGCCAAUAUCCAAACUGUCGCAAGGUGAAGGGGCUCUUCCGCCACGGGAUGCACUGCAAAACGCGUGCUUCUGGAGGUUGCGUCCUCUGCAAGAAAAUGUGGUAUUUGCUUCAACUUCAUGCUCGUGCUUGCAAAGAAUCUGAAUGCCAUGUACCGCGAUGCAGAGAUUUAAAAGAACAUUUAAGGAGGUUACAGCAACAGUCUGAUUCACGGCGUAGAGCUGCUGUAAUGGAAAUGAUGAGGCAGAGAGCUGCUGAAGUCGCCAACAAUGCUGGAUGAGCAAUGUGUACAUGUAAAUAUGGGGUGCUUUGAAGAGAUGUUCUAGACAGACAGACAGGUGCAGCGGCAGUGGUUGUUUUUGUGAAUGCAAAAUACAUCAUAGGUAUACGUAGCUUUGCAGGUAACAGGUUCGCUGGCUUAUCUGUCUAUCUCGCUCUGCAUGAUUGUCCCAAAGGUAUGAGGUUCAGCCAUCUAAUGCAGCUGCUGCUACCCUCUUCUGCAAGGACUAACCUGGUCCAGCGGGUUAUUAUUAGGUGGGGUUUUCUCUUUAGUGAUUCUUUGAUUUGGUCAAAGUUACUUGUAUUAUGUCUUAUGCGCCACUCUCCACCCUUGGAGGGUGGCGGGUGUACUAUAGUUCGGAUUAGUCUCAGAGUUCUUACAAAUAUUUGUGGGGGGAGGUUGGUUGGUGUUUAGUUUGCUCUUUUAUAGAUUCACUGCAUUUUGUAGAAUCUUUUUAUUUAAAGGUGAAAGUAAAUAAUUAGAAUUUUCGCGCAUGGCGAUUCAUAA